UUCCUGAUCAAGCACACCCCACACCCCCCGUGCCCGAACAACGCCCAGCCAGCCCAAUGCUUGCCACGACCAUGUCUCGCAGAGAUCUCGGCAUCAAAAAGAUCGGCAGUCUUCUCCUGAAAGGAUGGGUGAUGAUGGACGCCGUGUGCAGCACGCCCGGAUGCGAUUUGACUUUGAUGAGAACCAAGGAUAGCUCUCGGAUCAUAUGCGUUCUCUGUGACGAUGAGGGGAGCCUUCCUGUUCCAACUGUGCCCGCAGCCCAAACGCUGAGCCAACCCAAGGAUGUAUCUGAGCACGCAAGUGCCGACCAAAACUACCUCGAUAGCCAAGACCGUCAAGACGACCGAGACGACGGCAGCGAGCUGCGCCCUUCCGCUGUCGAUCUCGCAGAGGCCGAAGAGCGCCGUCGCCAGAGCAGUGCGGCCACCAGCGCCAUGGGCGAGCUGCUCCUGAAGGGCUGGGCCAUGCUCGGCGAAGUCUGUCCCAACCCCAAGUGUUACGGAAUCCCUUUGAUGAGAAACAAGGAAAAGCAAAAGUACUGCGUCGGCUGCAAGCGAUUUCUGGUCCAAGAGGCCGCUCCUCCAUCUGCCACAACUGCAGCUGAUUCUACAGCCCCGCAGAAGCUGCCUAGCAACGUCGACAGUCUCGCCGAUCAAAAGCAAGGUGCUGAUAAGCACAAGCUGUACCACAUGCAGCAGAAGGUAGAUGACCCUGAACUCGAUGAGAUCGACUCGGAUGACGAGUUCUUUGAUGGCCCACCGAAGCGUCGCCGAUGCAUUGAGCAGCAGCCCGCUGCGUCUGUCGCCGACAACCAUGCCCACAGUGGUCAACCUUCGCAAUCUACUGUGAACGCCACCUCUGCCGUCGCCACUCGCACCACCUCGGUCUCGUCUGGAAUCGAGGCCACAGCAUCGGUCCUCGCUGGAAAGCUGCAGGAACUCACGGAUCUGAUUCGAGUGUACCCGAUCACGGCGACGAGUGACUUGGGUGGCUUGAAUGCCCUGAUGGAGACCGUCACCAGUUGCGUGAAUGCGCUGGAAGUGUGCAAGGGCGCGUGCAAGCCGUAGCCAGGAAAGCGCCAUGUCGCAGCCAUAAUCACGAACGCAUCAGCUUCCACGAAGGGGGAUGGGAUGGGCUUUGUUUCGCCUGUUAUUGUCAAUCACAAUACAUCCCAACUCAACAAG